GUCAUCAUGGAGAUUGUUAUUGAUGCUGGGUGUCGUAUGAGCAUGUAACAAUGAUUCCCAGCCAGCAGCCGUCUAGACCAAAGCCUCCGCAGCAGUCUCCGCAACCAUCAUACGCCCAACAACAGCGACGCGCCCUUCACAUAUCGCCGCAAGCAUCACAGCCACAGGCGUUAGCACGGCCCUCGGCUCUCCCUGUAAAUCCUCCGAAGCCGCGUUCUCAAGUCGAAGCCAUGCCGCCCUUUGGUCCUUUGCAAACACCUGCCACCUUCUUCACGCCCGUAUACGACAGCGCAAUACGGCACCCAGUCUUCUUCACCCAGAACCUGAAGAAGCCGCCGUUUCCGAUCCCGCAGGUCGCGAGCCAAGGCUGGAAUCCCGUGGCAAACGGGUACAUUAUGGAGCAGAGGAGGGCUGAUGCUCCCGGAAAGACGAAGCUGUGAUGAUUGAGACGUGAAGUGCGUGCAUUGGACGGCGUUGGGGAGCAUUGAGCGAAUUAUUAGAUGCCGGAUCAAUACGGAUAUUUAAUAUGCGUCACCUGCUAGCGAAAUAUAUCUGGAAGGUCGUUUUUAUGUAGCAUGGAACCCUUCCGUUGUUCUGAUGAAGCACCAUGGUGAAGCUCUAUUCUAGCAAUGUCUAAUACAUGGCAUGAUGGGUAUCUCGGGUAAAUGAUUAAUCC